CAAACCCCCCUCUCUCUCUCUUCCCCCGUCUUCUUCGUUUUCCUCAACAGAGUUUUUUCUUUUUAGAGAGAGAAAGUGUGCACCAAACGCAGAAGAGUCUUUCGUCGUUUAUUCGUUUUCUUGGUUCUCAAUGGAGGGAUUGGCGUCUUCGGCGGCGGCGACGACGUCGUUUCAUGGCGGUUACGUUAGCUGGGAGGAGGUGUUCUUGUCGAGCGACAAGGGAAGGAGGGAGGUUCAUUACAUUCUCAAGAGGAAAGCCGGUGGUUCGGAUCUGGCUGUCAUAGGCAAAGAGAAGAGCUUGACGCACACGUCUUAUCACUAUGCAAUAAAAAACGCUUCUUUGGGUCCCUCUUUGAAGCUCAAAUCACGCAGAGAGGUCAUUGAUUGGUUGGAUUCAAUUGUUUCAGAUUCGUCUGCCGGGGUUGUGAUUAAGAUGGGCAAAGAUGGUUGUGAACUGGAAAUGGGAACGUUGAAGGACGAUCAAUUGCAGAAGCCGCGCCAUUGUACCAAAGAAUUCACAUGGUUAGGGUCUCCGUCGACCUGUAGGAAAAAAAGAAAGCACUACCAAUCAUUUAAGCGGAAUGGUUUUCAGAUAUCUGUAUAUGAUUUUGUAUUUGUUCUAGCCGAAGAGGACAAACGUCUAGUUGCCUACUUGGAAGACCUGUAUGAGGAUUCCAAAGGCAACAAGAUGGUUGUGGUACGCUGGUUUCACAAAAUUGAUGAGGUUGGUAUUGUUUUGCCUCACAGUUUUAGUGACCGAGAGGUUUUCUUUUCUCUUUAUCUUCAAGAUCUGAGUAUUGAAUGCAUAGAUGGAUUGGCUUUCGUCCUCAGUCCCCAGCAUUACGAAAAGUUUCAGAAUGAGGCCCGUGAUACUCACUUGGAACCAUUCGUAUGCUACAAUCAAUUUGAUAUUGAUGAGGUCAAACCCUUUGAUAUAACUCAAAUUAAGGGUUACUGGAAACAAGAAAUACUCAGGUACAUGUAUGUCCACUCUGACUCAAAGUCUCUUGGGAGUUCUGGGCAAUCUGAUGAUGACCUAGAACUGGAAGAAAACCUCCAGUCUUCUUCUGGGAUCAGACCUAAGAAGAGGCAGCCCUGUACAAAAGUUGAGGGCAAAGAUGUGGUUGAUUCAGCUGCUCAUAAAUUGGAAAAUCCAAGUAAUUGUAAGAUCAAUACCAAAAUCAGUUCUGGGAGCAAUUCCUUAGAACUGGUUGGGCCCACCCCAUUGGCAAUCUCUGAAGGGUCAAAUGAACAUGCUUCAAAGUAUUUAGUUGUAGGUUCCCAAGUUGAGGUCCUUUCUCAAGACAGUGGGAUUAGAGGAUGUUGGUUUAGAGCUUCUGUCAUUAAGAAGCACCAGAAUAAAGUCAAGGUGCAAUAUCAAGACGUUCAGGAUGCAGCAGAUGAAGCUAAGAAGCUUGAGGAAUGGGUUUCAGCUUCUAGAAUUGCAGUUCCCGAUCAUCUGGAUAUUCGACUGCAAGGGAGGACCAAGAUCCGGCCAGCACCAGAGUCUAAUAAAAGUGAAAUAUCCUGGAUGGGUGAUGUUGGCUCCAUUGUCGAUGCCUGGUGGCAUGAUGGAUGGUGGGAAGGCAUCGUUGUUCGAAAAGAGUCUGAAGCUAAUUAUCAUGUUUAUUUCCCAGGGGAAAAGGUGGUGUCAACUUUUGGUCCUGGUAACUUAAGACAGUCUCAAGAUUGGACAGGGGAUGGGUGGGUGAAUAUUGGGCUAACCCCUGAUCUUGUGACUUCUAUAUUAUCAAGCUUGCCAACAACACAAGAUACCUCCAAAUCCAAUGACAACAAAUCAACUGUAGCAUCUACCGGAGAUGGAAGACAAACUAAUCAGGCUGAUACUUGCUUGGAUUCUGAAAGAGAUAAAUCUAGAAAGCCUGUAGUGGUUCCAGAUCUUUUGAAGGAUGAUUUGAUAUCCCAGUUAAGAUGGAAGUCAUCCCGGAAGAGAAGGAGAAGUCGAGGCAGAAGCAGUACCUCUUACCAGAAGCCCCGGUCCAAAGGCAACCAGAGGAGUAAGAGUAAGUCCCCAAAGACUCUGGAGUCGGAUUCUUCUGACAGUUUUGUGAUUCCGGCAUCAUUGAAAGUUGAUCAUGAUGACUGCAAAUACGUGGGGGAUCCUUCCAUUUUCAGUUCUUCAGUUGUGCCUUCUUUAACUAACUUGGUUAUGUGUAGGUGACUCCAUGAUUGAUUUCUUUAGAAUGAUGUCUAGUUUUCCUGUUCUCUUCUCAUCCCUUUCCCUAGAAGUACAUGUGUUUAACCCUUGGUGCAUCCAUUCGGUGCCUGUCUUUUUUUGAAUUCUUCAUCCAGGGCCUUGUUAACGGAGAAAUUGUAUCCUAGGUUAGUCUUUUCCUUCUUCCCCUUUUAUCUAGUUAGUUUGUGCAAUUUAUGGCAUCGAAGCUUCACUGGAUUUGGGUGCUUGCAAGGAUGAUGCCAUUCAAGUUUUGGCAGAAAAGUGUAACGUCGUGGUUUAAACCGAUGACGGCUUUGACAUUUAGAAAAAUAGUUUGAGCUGUUCUUUUCAUAUAAAAUGUUUCCAAUGUAAUCUGUGUAACUUCCUCCAAUAAGAAUAGAAAUUUUACUUUUCUUGUGCUUUUUUUUUUAUCGUGUAUAAAUGUACAUAUAUUUCUUUUUCUUUUUUUUUGGG